AAUGUCAUCUGUUUGCUGUCAAAUGUGAUCUGUCAUGUAAACGGUUGUCAGUGACAAAUUUUUGUUAUGGUAAAUCUGCAAUGCUUGCUUUGUGAGAUAAGAUUACGCGAGAACAGUUUCUAAAUGUGGUUGAUGAAGAUAUCAAAAUCAUGACACACUAUUGGUGGAUGCACUGGUUUUGGAUUACAUCCUGGAUUUCUUUGACAAUCUGCAAAUCGCUUUCCAACCCCUUACAUUCCAAUGCAACAUCAUCGCCCAUUCUGCACGACAACGCCACCGAUAAAUUCAACGCAACGAUGACAUCAAAACCGCCCGAAGUUCCCACGACAAUCAUCCCCAACGUAACCCUGCAAGCGAGAGCGCCCUCUUCGCCCAAGCACUACAAAACGUCACAGAACAAAAUCGAAUUCCUCUUUCCCAACGCGACGGCGAAAAACAAAACUAAAGACGACAGAGAUAAAGACGUCAAAGACAAAGUCAAAGAAACUGUGAUAAAAAACGCGAAUGAGACGUUUGCCGACGAUCAAGCGCCAGCGGGCGCGAAUUUCACCGCAAUAAAUCGAACUGAGAAUCUGACGUACAUCGAUGCCGACGUCGCUCUCAAUCACAGCUCCGUGCAGAACUCCGAGAGGUUCGGAAUCGACGAAUGCGACGUCGCGACGGUGUCGGAGAGCAACCUAAGCGCCGCUGGAAUCACCGGAAUUACACUAGGUUGUGUGAUCGUCGUCGGCGCUUUGUCGGGGAUCAGCUAUUUCCUGUACCGUAACCGCGGGUUUAACAGGCCUCAAGUACUUAACGACAGAUGCAGCAAUCCGGAUUCGAGCGGAUACAUCGAUGAUGCUUCAGUAAGAGACAAUUCCGAGGAGAUGUAUAGCCUAGACAACGAUUCAUUUCUAAAUAGUUUAGAAGCCAUGACAAUUCAAAAUUACUGGACGGACACAGUAAAACACACCAAGCUCUAAUUUUAAGACCUCGUAUUUUACGCAAAUGUUUAUUGUACAUACGCUAAACUUAUAUUAAGUAUUUUAUGAACUGUGAUGCAUAUCAAUAGCCUGGAUAAAAUAGGACCAGUAACGAUCCUGUGUUGAGUUUAAUUGAUUUUGUACCGAUGCGAUGGAUGCCGAACCAUCGGUAAAUAUUUUACGAAAGAACUAUUUAGAUGCAUUUAUUUUUUAACGUUUGUCCAUUCCUUUUUAGUAUUUAUUUUUUAACUAUUGUUUUCUACAUGUUUUAUAAAACUGUUAGAAUGUGAUCGAGUUUCCGUCUUUAUUUUUUUUAACUGUUUUAUUUUUUAAAAGUAAGUACAAAACACAGAAUUAGGCUUAGAUUACAACGUAAUAAUGUACAUAUUUAUAUACUAUUUAUUCUUCCAUACGUGUUGAAAAAUGCGAAUUAAUCCUAUUCGGACUAGGAGAUGUAAAUGUAGGUAGUACAGGAAGUUUCAAGCUAGUAGGUUUUUAAUACACUAACACUGUUAUUUUUACUUAGGUUGUGAUAAUCCGGCCUAUUUUUGAACAAUUAUGAAAGGUACAUUGAGGCCUUAGAAUCCAGCUAUACCCAAUCUCGUAAUCCGUCUAAAUCACCCAAGACAAAAUAGCCUGAGAUAAAACAGUUUCGGUAAAAUUAAAAGCUUUAUUUAUUACAUUUCUAAGACAUUAUUUCACUCCCUUCUAUUGUGUGGUAAACUAUAAUUUCAUUUUAUUUAAUGCAACAAUAAACUUCUAUACCUAAAUAGUUGCAUUGUUAAUAGAGAUAUCAUAGAUUAUACAUUCGAGCAUUUUUCCAAAAUAUAUUGAAAAAAAUUAAAUAACUCCUAUAUGUUUUGUAUACUGUCAUCAAUGCCUUCUUUGUUAUUUCUUAUUUCAUUUUAUUUAAUGUAACAUACAAGUUGAUUCAUUUUAGUUUACAAUAUAGGUUAUACAGAUUGCUCCAUUUUUCAUUGCAAUAUAGGCUAUAGGUGAAACAAAGACACAUUCAAUUAGACACUUAUAAAGGAAAAAGAAAGAGUGUAUUAUGUCAUUGCAACUUUUCACUCUGACAACUGUUGAAAUGACCAUAUUGCGUACUGAAAUGAACCUAGGUGUUAAAAUAGGCGUCUAAUUUUAAUCCUGAUGCCUAAUAAAAUAACAACUGAUUGUCCUAAAAAAAUGGCUCGACUUCAUGAUUUGUGAUAUUUCUUGUACUGUGAUAUAUUUUUUGGUGGGUGCCAGUCUACUAUGCGGUCUACCAUUAUAUUUGUGGUCUACCUACAUAUUUCGUCGCUUAAGUAUAUUAAUACUUUGACAGGUGUCAUAUUUUGCAAAACUGAAAUCGGUUGUGAACAUGUCUGACAAAAUUGUAAAUGUUUUUUCACUUAAAAUUUUUUCUACAGUUUCCGAGAUCCCCAUGCUAAAAAUAGAAAAAACUCGCCAGGUAUAAUUCUAGAACUUUUCAAAAUCUUCCUGUUAUACUUUGUACUCAAUACUUUGUACAAAAUAAAUUUCGGUAGACCGCAUACUAAACCAGAUGCCGUAGGGUAGACCUUAUUUCUCCUAAGCUAUUUUGUCUUUGGGUUAUUUUGACAGGGUACCCCCCUAUUCUAAAUACUAUCGAAAAAUGUUUCUUUUCAUAAUUGUAUUAGUUUGUACUAUUAAAAAUCGGAUGUUUGUAACGCUCGUUCUUUUCAAACUAGUCUUUAAAAAUAUUAAUCGUACUUUUAGAAAGCAAAAGCAAAUAAUUUUUUUACUGAAGCUUUAACAGCCUAAUCAAAACUUCCUGGUGUGAUAACAAAAUGCCGGUUCGAACCUAUAAUAAAUAAUACAGAAAUCCGAUUUUUCUAGCUUUAAGAAAAUUCUUUACAAAUGUUUGUUUUAGUUGAACGAAAUUCCAGUUGCUACUUAAGUACUUGUUUACAUAGCGCUUUUCUAUAAAUUAUUUAAAAAGUUGCUCCAUAUUUAUAAAUUUUUGUUAUUAUUUGUUUGUUGAAUUUAUUACCAGUAGCAACUUUUUACAUGAUACAGUAUUAGUAACUGUAGAUUUUGUUUAGAGAAGCAAUGUUUAGGUUUUUAAAUAUUUUUUUUUGUAUUUUUUAGGCCCCGCAUCUUUAGUUUUCAGUAUUAUAUUUUCUUUAUCGACGCGAAUAAGUUUUACUUAAUUUGCUUUAUUUUUGAUUGAUAACCUUAAGGUAAACGCUAAAUUAUAUUUAAGUAAUUUACCAUAAUUAUUAACCUAGUUAAUAAGUUAGGGGCGUUUAUACCAUUAUAUUUAAGAGGUUCCUGAGAUAAUUAGAUACUUCAAAACGGCCUUGAAUUGCAAAUAAAUUUAGAUUACUUCAAAAUUAACACUAGUUUAAAAAAUAGUUUAUUGCUAAAUUGCGCAUGUUGUUUUUGUAUCAACAUUUCCAAUAUUAGAAAUAUCGGAAAAAUUGUACUAGUAUUUCGGCUCUAACGUUGUAAUAAAUUUGUGUUAUUUUAUAAUUUCUUUGUUAGAUGUCGUAUGAUAUUUUUAGAAGUAGAAAUAGUUUGUUGGUGGAAUAAAAUAUUAUACAUAUACAGGUAGAUGCAAAUGUGUCUGCAACAUAAGCUAUAGGUGCAACAAAGACAGAUUCCAUUGGUCUCAUAUAAAGGAAAAAGAAAGAGUGAUAUUGUGGCAUUGCAGCUUAAUCACUCUAACCACUGUUCCUUUAAUAACCUUUCUUUGUUCAACUUACAGAUUUGACUAUAUUCCAAACAAUUUUGCAUUUAUGUGUAAUACAGGUAGAUUCAAAAUUGUUUGCAAUAUGGGUGCAACAAAGAUAGAUUUCACUAGUCUCAUAUAAAGGAAAAAGAAAAAGUGAUAUUGUGGCGUUGCAGCUUUCUCACUCUAACCACUGUUCCUUUAAUAAUAUUUCUUUGUUCAACUCAUAGAAUUGACUAUAUUGCAAACACAUUUGCUCUUACCCAUAUUUACAAUAACGUCCAUUUUCUAUUCAAAGCUCAUCACAAAUUUUUAGUAAAUAGGUAAUUUUCUUCAGGUUUUCUAAUGUAAAAGAUAACGAAAGUUGCUAAUCUUCUAAUAGAAUUAAUUAUACACUUCUAAUUCCAUCUCUAAUAGCUCGUUGAUUUAGGUUUUUCAAUAAAUAAAUAAAAUUAAAAUAAAUAUUUCAACUUCUCGAGCUGUUUUAGAAAUUACUUACAAUUGUAACGCAUUUAUGUCGCUUGCGAGCUUUCACUUUGUUUAUUUGGAUUUUUUUUUCUAACAGGGUGAUUGCUUAUUUUUUUAUGAAACGUUUGUUCUGUUAAUUUUUAUUGAAUUAUGUUUUAAGAAACGGCCUGUAUUCACUUACAAAUGUGCAAUACUGUUAUUUUCUUUUUUAUUUUAUCGAAUUAAUAAAACUUACUCUAUAAUCACGAAACAAAUAAAAAUGUUUAGCAAUCUAUUUGAAUUGUUUUUUUUUUACUUUUUCCUUGGCAAAAACCUUCUAU